AGUAAAACCGACCCAUCAUACUGUUUCUUGGUUGAAUGGUUUGAUGCGAUAUCAUCUUUGAUCAAAAGAUUUCAACUGAUAUAUCAUACGAAGAGUUCUUCCGUGGAAAUGCAUGAAGAGAAAACUAAUAGGCUUUUUCUUAAACCCACUAGGAUUGAAGGGCUGAAACUUUUUGACUUUUAUCUGGGCAGUACAGUCACUAUACUUUCUCGCUCUCUUAAGAUUAUUGAUUAUGGAGAUGAGUUCACUAAACGUGAAUUUUUAGGUCGUUCAGAAAGAUGUGUUGUUUUUAUCCCUCCGGCCUCUGUUUUCAGGGCUGGUGAAAUAAUCGCAAUGAUGGAGGACAAAUCACUGCGAAUCAUUAAUCUAAAAAUGGUGCGUUUAAUAUCGGAUGAAUUAAAAUCCAUUUUAGAUAGCAAAACGAGCCUUUCAAACAUGACUACACUAUUAAGCGAACUGACUGGAAAGAAUCUUAUCGCCUUGGAAGUAAUGGGUACAGAUGUUUGCUCACUCCUACAUGAAUUUAUUUAUGGAUCAAAAGAAACAAGCGGAAACAUUUUAUGCAAUCCUGAUUUAUUCAUGAUCACAUCAAAUGUCGGUGACUCAUUAAAACUAGCCCAUAAAAUAUUUGGAAAUCCUGGUGGACCAAAUUUCCAUGGAGCAGCAUUACUAAAGAACACAACAUUGUGCGUUAUACGACCACACGCAGUAUCUGACGGUCUUACUGGGAAAAUUUGGAGUGCAAUUACAGAAAAAGGAUUCAGUGUGACUGCAGCUAGUUUGCAUCGUUUAUCAAAAGCAGAUUCAGCUGAUUUUUUAGAGGUCUAUAAAGGUGUAGUACAAGAAUAUCCAGAAAUGUUGGAUCAUCUGUCUUCAGGGCCCUGUAUAGCAUUGGAAAUAGAUAUUCCGGACCCCAAUGUAGAUGUCCAUCAAGCUUUCCGCGAGUUUGCUGGACCAAUAGACCCAGAAAUCGCAAAGUACUUACGACCGGAUACACUAAGAGCUAGAUUUGGAGUUAAUAAAGUCAAGAAUGGUAUUCAUUGUACUGACUUACCUGAGGAUACUGAACGUGAAGUAAAUACAAGUCUUCGUGGUAUAUGUUGACUGGACGAAAUGUUUUAACCAUUUUCCUCGCUUCUGGAAACACUAUCGGGAGAUCCAAACAAUACAAUAUGAUCAUUCAAUCAAUCAUAAAAAACUUAGAACUUGGCAUAUCUUAGCUCAAAUUACCAUACUUUAUAAGUGCAUUCACAACGAAAUGACAGGAUGAAAAGCAAUAAGGUCAAAAUUAUGAGUAAUAUUAUGAAAAAGAUACUAUAAACUAAGCUCAGGUAAUAUAGUUUAAAAAUAGUUUGUUGCAAUAUUUUGCAAUUUGUGCUGAAAUUCCGCCAGUAUAUAGAAUUCAAUUAGAAUUUCAUGAAUAAUGGAAAUAGACAAAUUGUUCAAAAUAAAUCAAGUUUCAAAGAGGAGCAUGCAAAAGAAGAAGGUAAAAUGGAAUAAGAAUUAUCAAAAGUAGAAGAAUCAUUUAAAAUACCAAAUUAGCAGUAUAAACGGGAAAGAUAUAUAUAUAGGGUCUAUCGCAAUGGAUAGUUUUUAAGAAUGAUCAAGUAUGCCUCAAUCUACCUUUCACCAAUACAUAGAACGCGAGAAAACAUUGAAUAAAAUCAGCAGAUCAUUUGAAAUUACAGUGGGAAAUCGAUUUUAAUGUUUUCUGGUCAAAUGAUCCAUAUUUCGUUAUCAACCAAUGUCAAUAUUAUGUAGUCUGGAUACCUAGAUAUACAAUUACAUUUCUAUAAAUCUGUGAUUUUAUCAAACUAAAUUCUAUAAUAUUUUCUGAAUUUCUUGCAGGUUAACUACUUUUUCAAUAAUCUGGAUAAGUAAAACAAUGUUGAAUAUUUUUAAAAAAAGCACAUAACACUGUAGAAUUUGUGUGAAUCCCAUAAUAUUGAAGUAAUCAUCUUCUUUUGUACAUUUUUUUGUGUCGAUCAAAACAUGGGCAACAUCACAUUUCAGAUAAUGAUAAAUUCCAAAGUAAUAAAUAAUAUUGUUUUCCUAACGAAAUAAUUAAGAAUUUUUUUAUCUAUGCUUUUGUUAUCUUAAGUAACUGAAUUCAUAAUCUUCUUUUGCCCAAUAAAACAAACAUAAGAAUAAUUUUAGUAUAUAUGGUACGGAAUAAACGCUGAAAAAUAACCGACUAAUUCAUUGAAAUAUCUUAGAAUUUACUGAGACAUCAAUACAGACAAUUUUUCUCUUGACACUUUUUACAAAGAACUGAAAAUAAAUAUAUGAGUACUAGAAUUAGACGGCUAUGCUAACGAUGCCAAACACGGUACUGAGUGGAAAGUAGCUAGAACAACAAGAAACGAAGAUCAAACGUGAUUUUUUUUCAAAAAUAAAUGCAGUGCAUUGAUACAAAACGGAAAAAAGUUAAGAUUAGUAAGAAGGAAGAUACUAAGAAACAGGUAAAUAGAAUAGAUUUAGGUGAAGAUAAAGUGCGACUUUGUGAUUAUGCUCGAUUUCUGGCCCAUAAAUACAUCUUAUGGAUCUUAUUUAGAAAGACUAUGUUACAUGACAUGGCUAGAAUAAACCGAUGGUAUAUAGUUAGCCAAGUUCGGAUUAUCUAUAACACUAACAAUUCGAUCGAAACUGAGUUCUGUAGGUACAGAAAAGAAGAAACCCAAAUGAAAACAACCACUACUCAGAAUAAAGAUGUCUUAUAUCGUCAGUUAUUUCAAAUAAAACCUUUCCAUAUGUAACAUCAGUAUUCUUUUUAUUGAGAUCGUAAACUGAUAAAUUUUAGACCACUAAUGAAAACCUGAAAUCGUUGGACGGCCGUUUCAUCCUGGUAUAGGACUCCUCAGCAGUGCGCGUCCACGGUGGAACUCCACUCGUCACAGCUUCUGACUAGAACUCCGAGAACUACCUCUCGAAACUAGUCACCAGUGAGCACAUUGUAUAUAAGGUUGUGGAGAAUGUUGACUUCCUAUUAUCAUAAACCGAAUAUUGAUCGGUUCACAACCCUAAACAGAAAAUGAGCAUUCAUACGAUGGUCUCCAAUAAUUAAACUAUAAAAAGAUCAGUUUACUAAAGCCAUGAAGACCUUUUAUAUAUGGAAGCAACAUCAUCUGUGGGUAUAUAAAGUAUUCAAUGCUAACGUUAUAGAAAAUUUUGUCCAAAGGUGAGAGAUCAGUAAUUCGUAUUAAUACGUGAGAUUGUGAAAAAUGUACUGAACAUUAUAUUUAAAUUGAAACCGAAGCUUCUACUAAAAGUGACAGUAAAUAAACUUACAAGGAUUUAUCGACGUAAACACUGGUCCUCUAACUUAGUGAAAAGAAUUUUGAAAGUGACUUAGCUUUAAAAAUUGAUCUAAAAAUAGUUCACUUGUUUCUCAUAAAAAAAAAAUUAGAUUCAUGUGAUUUCAUGAAAGGGGAGUGUAUUAAUCAGUAGUUUUAUGUUCACAAGAUUAGUAUUUGAUGGUUUAUACAACUAAAUUUCCUUCUAUUUUGAUUCACACCAAGAUAUAACUUUAACGAACUCGAAAAAUUGUAAUGAUAUGGUCUGAUAUCAUAGAACAUACAGUUACUAGGAAUUUGUAGUAGGUCUUAAUAUCACCAUAACUCGUAAGUCAUGGCGCCUAAAUUGAUACCAUAUUAUAACUGGUCUUUAAACCAUAAAUAAUUCUUAGACUAAAAUCGAAACAAGACAAGCUACAUAUGGGGGGGGGUGCAACGUGAUAAUCUGCAUAUAUAUAC